AUGUCAAACUCAGUUGAAUCAGAUGGAAAACACGUUCCAUUCACCAACCCGGAUGGGAAAGGCUUCGGUGAGGUGUAUGACUUGGAUGAUGCUGUCCUGAGGGCCCAGGGCCAUGUGGCUGAGCUAGAACGAUCAUUCUCCUGGGCUGGAGCAAUUGGCCUGGCCUAUAGCAUCAUUAAUUCGUGGCUUUCCUAUGCUGCCUGCUUUGGGAUGGCCCUCGGUUACGGGGGUGGCCAAACUGCUGUUUUUGGGUUAAUGAUCGCUUCGGCAGUCCAGUGGAUCGUCCUUCUGGGGCUGGCUGAACUGUGCUCUGCCCUUCCCUCUUCUGGUGGUCAAUACCAUUUCACAUACAUUGUUGCUCCACAGUUCUCAAAGAACUUUGCCGCCUACACGGUUGGCAUCUUUAAUGUGGUGGCAUGGUGGGUAACCACUGCUUCAGGGAUUAUAUACACGGCUAUAUCAGCCUUUGGGAUUGCGAAGUUCUGGUAUCCGGAAUUUGCCGGCACGCAGUGGCAGGUGUAUCUCUGCUAUGUUCUUGUAGUGAUUGUGACACUUAUUCCCAUCUUCACAGUUCCACAGAAGCACAUUGAUCGGCUAACGCAGACGGCCAUGUAUUUGUCCGUUGUCGGUCUCCUCCUAGUCAUAAUAGUCUGCCUAUCCAUGGGUAGAGACCACUACCGUCCCACCAAUAUUGUCGAAUACCAUGGAUCUAGUGGAUGGGGUCCUGCACCGGCGUGGCUUAUGAGUAUUGGCGUGGGCCAGUACUGCUUUGCUGCGACAAGCGCAUGUACCCAUAUCGCCGAGGAGAUGCCGGAUCCUGGACGGAAAUUGCCCCAAGUCAUCAACAUGACUAUGUUCAUUGGCGUCCUCACAGCUGUACCCUGGAUUGUGGUCAUGGCCACUGUGAUCACCGACCUGGAAGCAGUGCAGGCAGCAUUUUUGCCUAGCAUGGAGAUUUUUUAUCAAGCAACUGGGAACAAGGUCGCUGCUACAAUCCUGCAGGCCUAUCUAACUUUGCUUUACUACACAUGUGUGCCCAGCCAGUGGAUCGCCUCUAGUCGAAUAGCAUGGGCAUUUUCACGAGACAACGGCCUUCCCUUCUCGUCCUACUGGAGCCACAUCGACCCAGUUCGCCAAAUCCCAAUUCGCACUACCCUACUAGCGGCCGGUUUCUGUCUUAUCUACGGCCUCCUCUACGUCGCGUCAACCGCGGCGUUCAACUCGAUCGUGAACACGGCAAUCCUCAUUCUGAAUAUAACAUAUACCGUCCCACAAGGAAUCCUGGCUACUUGCGGUCGCCACAGACUACCCCGUCGGCAUUUCGACCUAGGGCCCGUUGUCGGGUAUGCGGUGAAUAUCUUCUCAGUUCUCUGGUUGAUCAUCAGUGGGAUCUUCUUUUGUUUCCCAGUUACGGUGCCUACAACUCUGGGGAGCAUGAAUUAG